CGCUGAGGCUAGUUGGCUAACGUCAGGUAGCUGCUAAUAAAUAUCCACAACCAAGUUGUGAGGAAUUAUUAAAAAUGAUCGAUUAUACAACAUUCGGAGGAAUUAGUAGAGAUUGUAAAGUAUACCUUGUGCUAAGAUCCGGGAACGGCUCCAUUUGGCCCUUUCCUAACAAGAUCCAGAAAGAAUGUCUGAAAAGCCGAUUCGGAUCGCCAUCGUGAAAGAAGAUAAAUGCAAGCCAAAGAAAUGCAAGCAGGAGUGCAAGAAGAGCUGCCCGGUGGUCCGAAUGGGGAAACUGUGUAUCGAGGUGACCGCACAGAGCAAAAUUGUAUGGAUCUCUGAAUCACUCUGUAUAGGAUGCGCUAUCUGCAUUAAGAAAUGUCCGUUUAAUGCUUUGGCUAUCGUCAACCUGCCGAGCAACCUGGAGAAAGAGACCACACACAGAUACUGUGCUAACUCUUUCAAACUACACAGGUUACCGAUCCCCAGACCAGGUGAGGUUUUAGGGCUGGUUGGCACUAACGGCAUUGGAAAAUCAACAGCACUUAAGAUCCUCGCUGGAAAACAAAAGCCCAACCUGGGAAAAUAUGAUGCUCCCCCCGACUGGCAGGAAAUCCUGGCUUACUUCCGAGGAUCUGAACUGCAAAACUACUUCACGAAGAUCCUGGAAGACGACCUGAAAGCCAUUGUGAAGCCUCAGUAUGUCGACCAGAUCCCCAAAACCGUCAAGGGAAGUGUAGGCUCUAUUCUGAGCAGGAAGGAUGACACUAAGACAGAGACUGUAGUCUGUGAGCAGCUUGAUCUGACUCAUCUCAGGGACAGGAACGUCGAGGAUCUGUCAGGAGGAGAGCUACAACGUUUCGCCUGUGCAGUGGUGUGCAUCCAGAGAGCAGACAUUUUCAUGUUUGAUGAACCCUCCAGUUACCUGGACGUCAAGCAGCGUUUGAAAGCUGCCAUCACCAUUCGCUCUCUCAUCACACCGGACAGAUACAUAAUUGUCGUAGAGCAUGAUCUAAGUGUUCUGGACUACCUGUCUGAUUUCAUCUGCUGUCUGUACGGAGUACCCAGUGCCUACGGCGUCGUUACCAUGCCCUUCAGUGUACGAGAAGGCAUCAACAUUUUCCUGGACGGAUACGUCCCGACCGAGAACCUCCGCUUCCGCGACGCCUUGCUGGUUUUCAAAGUAGCUGAGACGGCCACCGAAGAGGAGGUGAAGAAGAUGUGUCGCUAUCAGUACCCCAGUAUGAAGAAGGCCAUGGGUGACUUCGAGCUGCAGAUCAUCGAGGGCGAGUUCACGGACUCUGAGAUUAUGGUCAUGCUUGGAGAAAACGGAACUGGAAAAACUACGUUCAUCAGGCUGCUCGCUGGUCGAUUGAAACCAGAUAACGGAGUUGAAGUCCCGAUCCUGAACGUCAGCUACAAACCUCAAAAGAUCAGCCCCAAAUUCAAAGGUAGCGUGCGUGCCCUGCUGCACGAGAAGAUCCGGGACGCGUACACGCACCCGCAGUUCGUCACGGACGUCAUGAAGCCCAUGCAGAUCGACAGCAUCGUCGAUCAGGAUGUUCAGAAUCUGUCUGGAGGAGAGCUGCAGAGAGUAGCGCUCACUCUCUGUCUGGGCAAACCUGCAGACGUCUACCUGAUAGACGAGCCCUCGGCCUACCUGGACUCAGAGCAGAGGCUGAUGGCUGCCAGAGUUAUUAAACGAUUCAUCCUCCAUGCAAAGAAGACAGCUUUCGUAGUCGAACAUGACUUCAUCAUGGCCACGUACCUGGCCGACCGUGUCAUCGUGUUCGACGGACUUCCGUCACAGCGGACGACUGCAAACACGCCACAGAUGCUGCUUGCUGGCAUGAACAAGUUCCUUUCACUGCUGGAGAUUACGUUCCGGAGAGAUCCCAACAACUUCAGACCAAGAAUCAACAAACUCAACUCCAUUAAGGAUGUCGAACAGAAGAGAAGUGGCAACUAUUUCUUCCUCGACGAUUAGCUCCACAGUUCCUUCUGAGGUUUUCUGUAAUUUUGCUAUAAGUGAGCAUCUGCCUCUGCUGUUAACUGGAUUGGUUUUCCAGCCACAAGCAGACAUGCGUCCUAUCAGUAUUUAAAAGUCUAUAAAUCUAUAUUAAUCAUCCACUUCUUCAGUCAUUCUUACGCCAGUGUCAUUGUUUGACCACUAGAGGGCAGCAGACGUCCAGUACCUCUGUCUCGAAAUCUGUCUCUGUCUUUUAUUAUGUGGAUUAAAAGUGAUAUAGAUGAGAGAUCCCGGUUGGUUGGUUUUUAGUGUCUACACUAUGCUCUGACUGUCAUUAUUCACAAUUUGUAGUACGGCAACACUAGCGAGCGGAUAUUAAGUGUUCGUGGCAUUUACGGCAACAUCUUCAGUGACCCUCACGACUUUAGAAAUCAAAGCCGUCUUGCAGCGCUACACUAAUCUGUUGCUUUAAAGAGUUCCUCCAUGUUCUCCCCGUACUCCAGUUUUCUCAAUCCUCCCAGUCGGUGGACAGUCAGACACUGAACUAUGAAGUCACCACACCAGUAAGCGCUCCUACAACUGGUUGCCAUGGUAAUAAAGAUUUUCAUUGGGUGGCACAACUAGCAUUCAACUUAACAGUCAAUCAGUUUUCUUCCCGCUAAAACGAAACAUUCCAGAAAGAGAUUUUUAUAUAAAAUUCACCAAAUAGAAUGUAUCAUAUGAUACGAGACGAAGGAGAAGCGGUGUGUGCUCUUUAUCACAGAUCACGUGUGCUCUGCUGACUUCACUCCCGUCAGAGUCGCUCCGUAUUUGCAUAAAGUCUCAUCUUUGUAGCAUCUCCGGACUAGCCUCCAGUGCUCAUUUUGCCAGAAGUCGGCAGCUGUUGAUGAAUGAAAAUGAGCGAUCUCUGUUCGCUUUUUCACUGCGAGUCACAGUGACAAGCGUGUGACUGGGUGUGUCCAUGAUGCCGUGUGUACUCCUGUCUCACGAUUGUUUUUCCAGGGAUAGAAUCCAGAUUCCCAGCCACCCUGAACAGAGCAUGCUGAAGGUGAAUGAAUGAAUAAAUUAACCGAUGAUUAAAUGAAUUGAUUGAUUAAAUGAACGUUUAGCUACUAAGCCUCAUUUAUUGAACUAGAUACAAACAAAUAAACUGUUCACUGGAGUAUUUACACAACAAAUUUAGUAUCCGUUAAAAUCCAGUUCGGAAAUUCACUGACUAAUGUGAACCCAAAUUAAUCGGUUUCAAAUCGGAUCACAUUUUGUGAAAUUUGGUUCUCAUAAAAAGACAAGAUAUCACAGUGUUUGUCUAUGGUACAGUAGCUGACUCUCUGCAGCGGCUGAGAUGGAUUAGCGUAUUUUCGAUACACACUUUCACAAUUAUUAAUGGUUUAUUAACUUUUUUGUUGCCUUAUAUGGACCUUUGUGGGUGUCUCCCAAACGUAAAUCAUUUGUGCCGUGAAGGUGCUUGGUAGCUUACAACUGAUGUUAGGAUUUAAGUAUAAAUAUCAUCAACUUUAAUAUAAACGUAUAUUUAUAUA